AUGCCUGCCUGUCUGGCCUGCAAGGGCGACCUCGAGGAGGCUGGUGCCUAUGUGACGACGCAGCUGGGUCCGCUGCAUGCCGAGUGCUUCACCUGCAUGGCGUGCGGGGUGAACCUCAGCGACGGCCGGGGCUUCCUGGCGUACCAGGGGGACUUUGCGUGCAGCAUGCCCUGCCGGGCCAAGGCGGCGCGCGACCCGUCGCUCAUCCGCCAGUAUGGGAGUUCUUGGCGCUCGGGUGCUGGCUGGACGAAGCGCGAUGCGCCGGCGCAGAACUGA